CCAGCAGCUGCCGGGCUGCAUCCUAGUGCCCGGUGCUGGUCCUCUGCCGGUGCCGGGAUGGCCUUAGGCGACUUGCCUGUGGCGGGUGCAGCGGGGGAGGAGGCAGAGGAUGAGGCGCUGGCCCGUGGCGCCGCCCUGGAAGCGUUCGGCGAGAGCGAGGAGACCCGCGCGCUGCUCGGCCGCCUGCGGGCGGUGCAUGGCGAGCGCGCAGCCCGGGAGGUGGCGGAGGAGCGGUUUCGCGUAAUAAUGGACAAGUACCAGGAGCAACCUCAUCUGUUGGACCCACACCUUG